AACAGUGGCCAUCAAUUCUAAAGCUCUGUGAUCACAUGCUGCAACAAUGGCUGGGUGGAUGUCAUUGCAUACACGGGACCGUUAUAAGAUGUACUACACUACCCGGUGCAGACAAACCUUGCCAUAACUACAGCUGCAAUGUGAUUCUGAAGUGGCCCCGUGAAAGCAGAUCAAUAAAAGGAAUUUUCCUUUGCGAGUACUAACUUCGUGGGGAUUCGUGCCUUGAACUUUGAAUCACGAAUCGUGAUUUCUAGGUUAUAGUGUAGCAAUGCUGACAGAUUUGUAGAGGAUACACUCCAUUCUCGCAAUGUGAGAGUGCGAGAAGGAUGUUAGUUCAGAUAUGAGUUUCAUAGACAUUAUUGAAGGAGUUGAAGUGUGCGUAGCAACUGGUGAAGAGGUUUAACAUGACUGGCGCUGACUGUGAAAAGGGUAGAGGAGCUGGCCAAAAUACGUGGUAGAUGUAAUCGAGAUCAAAUUGUAGCAAUAUUGACUUCAUUGAUCGACUCUACGCGACAGUCAUGAAGAUUCUAAUACCUGCCGACGGCGGGGGCGGCGGCGGCGGCGGCGACCUGAGAUGUAGGAAGCUUGCAAUGACCGUCCUAUUUAGCAUUUUCAUAUUCUUCCAAGGAAGGGAAACCGAGGCGAGAAUUGAACCACAAGAGCAGGGUUUCACUUACCGGAAUCUGUUGCAAGAAAAUCCCGCCACUGAUAUACCUUCAUCUGGGAGUUCCAUGACAUUGCGCCAAAUCGUAGUGGAUGCUAACGGAUUAGGCGAUUUCUUGAGUGUGCAAGCUGCUGUGGACGCUGUUCCUGCAGAAAACCCGCUUCGAGUUGUCAUUCGAAUUAAUGCAGGCAACUAUGAGGAAAAGGUACAGGUGCCGAGAACGCUGCCAUAUCUUACGUUCCAAGGAGCAGGCGCAGCCACAACCUCAAUCUCCUGGAACAACAUUGCGAGUGACGUUGGCCCUGACGGCAAACAGCUCGGAUCAUUCAACAGUGCUACCGUCAUGGUGUUCGCCUCCAACUUCAUCGCCAGAGACAUUUCUUUCAGGAACACUGCCGAGGUGCCGCCACCCGGCGCGACCGGGCGGCAAGGGGCAGCGUUCCGAAUUGCAGGAGACAAAGCGGCCUUCUACAACUGCGCUUUCUACGGCGGUCAAGACACACUUUGUGAUGACACAGGACGCCAUUACUUCAAAAACUGCUAUGUCCAAGGCUCCAUAGAUUUCGUCUUCGGCAACGGUCAGUCCAUGUACACGGGAUCCACUUUUCAUUCUAUUGCGACCAGCACCGGGUCUAUUGCGGCCCAGGACAGGGACAAUCCCGACGACACCAGCGGCUUCUCCUUUGUGGGCUGCCAAAUCACAGGUACCGGGAGCAACUACCUGGGGAGAGCCAUGGGGAAGUACUCUCGUAUCGUGUACUCUGAAUGCUAUAUAGAAGACAUCAUUCUGCCGCAACUGUGGGACACGGAAUGGAACCACGACGGCAAAAAUCGAGACCAGACGGUGACUUAUGGAAUAUAUGAAUGCUGGGGCCCUGGAGUUGCGACGUCGGGACAAGCGUGGGGGAACACCAUGACCCAAGUCGAAGCCAUAGCCUUCACGUCGCUAGAAUUCAUUGAUGGUCAAGAGUGGCUCCUCGAGCAUUAAGAAGUCUCGCGCGCCGACACCGCCACCUCGUCGCCAUACCGGCCCCGCUAAGUUUCUUGGUAUCUAUACCGUGGCCUGUAUAAAGCCCGCCAAAUUUGAGAGGUCUAUGGACCCCCCCCCACAUUUACACAUGCCCAAGGAAAGAAUUUGAUGGAGACCUCCAAUUGCAAUCACCAUAGUGUGCCGUUUUUUUUGUUUGUUUUUUUUAAUACAUAUUAUUGGCAUCGCCUAUUAAAUUAUAAUUAUUUUUAGAGGCUAUUGUGAGAUGAUGUUUUUGAUUUUAACUAACUAAAAAAAGAAAUAUUUUUGAAGCUUUUUUGUAGCUUUAAAAAAGGUGAUGCUAGAAUUAGGUGUUGGAAUGAGUUUGGUAUUUUAGAUAUCAAUAAAAACUUCAAUUUUGAACGGAGAAUUAUUUUGUAUUGAUCACUGUUUGUGAAUCACCAUCAAACAGGCAGUUUUGGUUCUAUUUGAAAAUUUCUUAUUUAAUAAAAACAAAAUAAAACAUUU